GCAUGCUCCAGGCGCGGCGCCCCCGACCCGGCGCUCGGCUCGGCUCGGGCAUUUCCGCCUCUUUGUUUUAAACUCCGGACGGCUUUUUUCUCCUCCUCUGGGGGGGACCCGGAGGGAGCGGCGCCCCCUCCCCCUCCCGGCGAGCCCCCGCGUGCGCCCGCUCGCCCGCCGCCCGAGACGCAGGCUUCACGAUGUAGCGGGACCCCCGGCCCCCACUCUCAGGAGAUGGAAGCAGAGCAGAAGCCAGGAGGGAGGUGCCCAAGUGAGCCAGAGAGCAGAGGGAGGGAGGAGCGGCGCAUCCGCGUGGUGGCCUGAAGCCUCCAUGCCACGCGGGAGGAGGGACACGCAGACGUCCAGAGGAGGUUUCUCUUGCAGAAGCCAAAGAUGUUGACCAGGAAGAUUAAGCUCUGGGACAUAAAUGCCCACAUCACCUGCCGCCUGUGCAGUGGGUACCUCAUUGAUGCGACCACGGUGACCGAGUGUCUGCACACGUUCUGCAGGAGCUGCCUGGUGAAGUACCUGGAGGAGAACAACACCUGUCCCACCUGCAGGAUAGUGAUCCACCAGAGCCACCCGCUGCAGUACAUUGGUCAUGACAGAACCAUGCAGGACAUCGUUUACAAGUUGGUGCCAGGCCUCCAGGAAGCGGAAAUGAGGAAGCAGAGGGAGUUCUACCACAAGCUGGGCCUGGAGGUGCCGGGCGACAUCAAGGGGGAGGCGUGCUCCGCAAGACAGCACUUGGAUCCCCGCAAUGGUGAGACCAAAGCAGACGACAGUUCACACAAAGCCACCACAGAGGAGAAGCAGGAGGAGGAUGACGACUACCACCGGAGUGACGAGCAGGUGAGCAUCUGCCUGGAAUGCAACAGCAGCAAACUGCGGGGUCUGAAGCGGAAAUGGAUCCGCUGCUCAGCGCAGGCCACGGUCCUACACCUGAAAAAGUUCAUCGCCAAGAAGCUAAACCUCUCCUCCUUCAACGAGCUGGACAUCUUGUGCAACGAGGAGAUCCUGGGCAAGGACCACACCCUCAAGUUCGUGGUGGUCACACGGUGGAGGUUCAAGAAGGCCCCCCUCCUGCUGCACUACAGACCCAAGAUGGACUUGCUGUGAGCCUGGCUCUUCAGACUGGCCCUGUGUCCCAGGGGCCACACAGCCAUGCGCAGCACCCGCAACAGAACUUGCUUCUGGGUGCCGGGUGGACCAGACUUCUGAAUAGAGAAUAUUUAUAACUUUUGUACAAGAGAAUCCACACCCUACAAGACACUACCAGCACGUGUUUACAGAGGAUGAAAACACUUGCAGUUCUGCGCAGCCGCACGUGCUUACCCACCGCAGGCCCUCGGCCGGCAGGCGCGGCACGAGGCUCCAGGUCACCAUCCCACAGACCUCCGCUCGCUUUCCAGGUCUCAAGAAUCUGAGUUCAUUUCAGUUUAGUUCACGGAUCGGUUUCUUAAUAAGCCUCAAAAAUACCGUACUUUUAUUGAGUCCUUCCUAAGUUAUUGAAAAAGUCUUUUCAUGGUAAAUAUUUAUGUUGCCUUUAGCUUCCUGAAGACUUAGAAGAUAUAUAAAGAUUUAAUUUAAAGCAUACCAAAAGAGGCUUGCGUUGGUACUGAGUGGGCACUAGUGUCCACCCCACCUCGGGCAGCACAGUCCAGGCAUGCGUCCAGGUACACGUGUGGGGCUGGAGGGCCCGUGCCACCCAGGCUCCCAGCGUGGCUCUGGCGCACCGGCUGGCAGACCAGAGGUGGCUCAGCCCGCUCAGCACGGGCCUAAAGACCCUUCUUGUUUUUAAAAAUCUCAUUUAUUAAAAAGGGCACAGAUUGUUUGGUGCCAUCAUUUAGUUUCCUA